AUUUGACAGAACAAUUUCAUUGUUCAAACUUAACUGAAACGUUCCACCUAUUAUAUUUUCGGUUUGUUCAUUACAUCGGUCCAGUGUGUGUAUUUUGAUAUGUUUGGACUGUGAUACUGCUCGUGAGAUCCGGCAAAGAUUUGGGUAUCGCGUAAGCGUCCGUGGUUACCACAGUAACGGAGCUCAAGCCUUUUGUUUGUGUGUUUGCUGAAACAUGUAGCUUACGAAUGAAAUUGCAAAUAAAUGUAUGUUCAGUUGUUAAAUGAUGCAUUCUCCUCUGUGACUAAAUUGUGUAAACUCGAAUGACUACAAAUGCUGCGACCAAAGUAUUUCACUCCAAAAGAGGUGUCCCUUCACAACAAACCAGAUGACUUGUGGGUUUCAUACCUGGGCAAAGUGUACGAUCUGACACCAUUGAUGAAAGAGUUUCAAGGGGAUGUACUUCUGAAGCCUAUUAUUGAGUGUGCAGGGAAGGACAUCAGUCACUGGUUUGACCCAAAGACAAAAGAUAUUCUGACUCACAUCGACCCACAGUCUGGGUGUCUGAAGUACUACACUCCUAGGGGGCGCUUUGUUCAUGUGCCCCCACCCUGCCCUCGUACUGACUGGUCCAAUGACUUUGGGCGACCCUGGUGGAAGGAUAUGCAAUAUGAGGUGGGGGUACUUUCUGUUAAGACAAGGUGGGUCCGUAUCAUCAACACCCUCACGUCCCAGGAGCAGGGUCUGGAGGUAUGCUCCGAGGAGACAUUGAAUGAGAUUCUCCAGCGCUACCUCCGCUACAACUCCCACGCCACCAGCUACACCUGGAAAUAUAACUCUGUCAAGUUGGACAUGAGUAAAACCCUGGAGGAGAACGGCAUCCCGGACGAGGGCGGGGACUUUUACAGAGGGGGAAUGGACCGUGACCUCUUCUCCGAGUCCAUAUGCCUGUACUUCAAUGAUGACCUCACUGAACUUUGAUGCCAUGUUGUCUUGUGUCACAAAAUGACGGCGAGACAGAUGUGCAGACAAAAUAAAUCUGUGUUAUUUGUUUUAAUAUUCUUAUAAAAACAUGGAUUACAGCAAGUUUCUGUCAGAAAUGGACUAUCCUAUCGUUACAAUCAAUUCCAAUCAUUCCAUUCAAGCAUCUUCCUUUUGUGGUUCCUUCAAAGCAUAU